AAAUGUCUGGCAGUGGUCAUGUUUUAUCAUCAGGAAACAUGAUGCAGUAUUACGAUCAUGUGAUCUUUGUGUCAUUAUGAUUCACCUUUUAUCAACAGGUGAUCACAUUUGUUUUCUCUUCAGGUGUCGGCGGUGUAUCGAUGCUGGAUGUGGCUGGAGCAAAAGCGGCUGUUCCUGGGCAGAUGGAGGAGUGGAGGAUGACGUUUGCCAGAUGAUGGAGUCAGGGAUGAACUUUUUUAAACCGGAGAUCUCCUCCAUCACUCCCAGCGUCGUGUCUUUCUACGGCAGAAACCAUGCAGUGUUGUCGGGUUACAACCUCAGUGACGUGACCAGAGUGAGGAUCCAGGCGGACAUGGACUGCACUCCACACGAGUCUCCUGUAUGGAACCACACUGGUGUGACACUAACGUUCCACAUCCCCAGUGCCGAUACUAAAGGCACGGUCAACGCAUGUGUUCUCCUCCCAGACGGUAGUUGCCAUGGCAAUGUUAAAAUCAUCUACCAGUCAUCCCCGUCCUGCACCAACAUUGUACCAAAGAGCAGCUGGAUCAGUGGGAAGAGGAAGAUCACACUCAUGGGAUCCCACCUGGACUUUGUGGAAGGGGUCAUGCACAACCACGUCCUGCAGGAGGUCAGCCCUCCCCGAAACACAAACGAUCAGAAUCUCACCUAUGACACACCUGCAGCUGACAAAAAGGUUUCGAGCAGCACUUUGUUUCUGAAAGUAGCUAAUGAAACCUUGGCCUGCUCCAUAACGAUAAACUACUAUCCAGACCCCGAGUUCACUAGCUUCACCUCCACAAGGAUGGGGAACGAUGUCCGCAUCACCUUACAGAAAAAGCCAGACAAACUGGAGAUGACCCCAGCAGAGUUGUCGGUGUGGGGCGUUAAGGAAGGAAACCAAUACCCCUGCAUCAUGGAAGCCAAAGAAACCAGUAAUGAGAUGGACUUUUUCAUCUGUGAGAUUCAAAGCUCAAAGACGAUCAACGCUGAAUUUCAGCAGUUAUUGAUCAUGUAUGGGGACCAGACGGUAACACUGAACUUGAAAUCUUCAUUGCAGCUGUACCUGCUUCUUUUCCUUCUGCUGAUACCCUUCAUUAUGUUUGCGGUGUUUCUCGUCUACCGAAGCCAACAGAAGAAGCUCACGGCUAAGAUGAACAAGCAUAUGGAAGACCUGGAGCUCGACAUCAGGAAUGACAUUAGACAAGGUCAGUCUUUUGAAGCCACCCCUGUAGCAUCAUCCACUUCUCUGCUAUACAUCCGUAUACUCCGUAAACCAAAAAGGGCUGCUCCAACCAGAAUGAUGAUUUGCAUGAGCGUUAAGGUGGCAGUUGUACACGUAGCCAUAUUGGGCGACCAUGUAAAUACCUAAGGUAUUGGGUGGUAUCUGAACUAAAACUCAGGUAUUGUAUCACCACUAUUAAAACAUUUCUAUACACUACUGUAGUCGAGGGCAUGCAGAUCCCCAUCAAAGAGUUGUGAGCAUAGAGUCGCGAUGGUUUUUAGCCCUCUGUAUGACGACGUUAGUCAGCCCACGGCUUCGGUCCAGACUAAAAUAUCUCAACAGCUACUAGAUUAGACCAUCAGAUUGUCAUUGCAUUUUCUACAGACAUUCAUGGUCCCAAGAGGAUGAGUCCAACUCACUGGUGACACCCAAUGCUGCAUUUCAGCACUUAAAAGAAAUGUUGUUCAUUCAGACUGCACCAAUUUUGACAGUACUUUUCAGAAAUACAACCUAAACUUUACUGUGAUUGUAGACAGGACAUUGGUGGAUCAUAGCACCAGAUAACAGUAUGUGACCACAAGAUCCUCAGAAGUAUAUUAGUUUUCAUGCAAUGGCUUUCAAAUUUUGAUCUUUACUUGAAAGUACUAAUCAUACACAAAGUAAAUACAUUUUUGACUCUCUUCUCUGGUCAGACGUCUCACUUUAAAAUUCCUAUUUAACAGCGGUGCC